CCUCUGAGCUGUGACACAGCUGUCCUCCUCUCCCCACUCUAAGAACUCACUCCUCCUAAACAAAUUCUAGCAAAUUCUACAAGAUUUUUAUAAAAUUCUGAUUCAAAUAUAUAUCUUUAGUCUGAAGAGAAGAAAAGGAAAAAAGAUACGUGUCUUUAUAUAGAAGGAGAUCUUUCGCUGAUCCUGUAAAUUUUGUUUCUUGUGGAGUUGGCCGCCAUAAUCCCUCCGCAUUGCACUGAGUAGCCCGUUUGCUGGUCGAAAUUCGCUCGCUUUCUUCUCGGAACAACAAGAGAGGUUCCUUUGCGUUGGUUUGGUGGUAUGGUGAGAUGAUGAGAAAGGCGGCAGUGUUGUUUCUCCUCUGCUGCCUCGCCGUUGCCGGCGGGGCAGUGGCGGGGUACGAGGCGGCGGUGGAGGUGGACCCGGCGUGGCGGUUCCCGAGCCAGCGGCUGCGGGACGCGUACGUCGCCCUGCAGACGUGGAAGCAGCGCGCCAUCUUCUCCGACCCCAGGAACCUCACCGCCGACUGGGUGGGCCCGGGGGUCUGCAACUACGCCGGCGUCUUCUGCGCGCCGCUGCCGUCGGGGGAGCCGGGCGCCGGGGAGCUCACCGUCGCAGGCGUCGACCUCAACCACGGCGACAUCGCGGGGUACCUCCCUUCGGAGCUCGGCCUCCUCACCGACCUCGCGCUGCUCCACCUCAACUCCAACCGCUUCUGCGGUCUCGUUCCGGCCACGCUCCGCCGGCUCCGCCUCCUCCACGAGCUCGACCUCAGCAACAACCGCCUUGUCGGCGCGUUCCCCGCCGUCGUGCUCCACCUGCCGGCGCUCCGGUUCCUCGACCUCCGCUUCAACGACUUCGAGGGCGCCAUCCCGCGGGAGCUCUUCGACCGCCCGCUCGACGCCAUCUUCCUCAACCGCAACCGCCUCCGCUCACCGCUCCCCGAAAACUUAGGCAACUCGCCAGCCUCCGUCAUCGUGCUCGCCGACAACAGCUUCGGCGGCUGCCUCCCCGCGAGCCUCGGGAACAUGUCCGGGACGCUCAACGAGAUCCUCCUCAUCAACAACGGCCUUGACUCCUGCGUGCCGCCGGAGGUCGGGAUGCUCCGGGAGGUCACCGUCUUCGAUGUCAGCUUCAACUCGCUCGCCGGGCCGCUUCCACCGGAGGUUGCCGGGAUGCGGAAGGUGGAGCAGCUCGACGUCGCGCACAACCUCCUCUCCGGGGCCGUCCCGCAGGCUGUCUGCGCCCUCCCGCGGCUCAAGAACCUCACCAUAUCCUACAACUUCUUCACCGGCGAGCCGCCGUACUGCGAGCGCGUCGUCCCGCCGGACGGCGACAGGAGGAACUGCCUGCCCAACCGCCCCGCACAGCGCACACCGCAGCAGUGCGCCGCGUUCUACUCGCACCCGCCCGUCGACUGCGCCGCGUUCCGUUGCAAACCCUUUGUCCCAUUGCCGCCGCCGCCGCCAGCAUACCCUGGUCCCUUGCCACCGGUGUACCCCAUGCCAUACGCGUCGCCGCCGCCGCCUCCUCUUUACUGAUGAUUCUUUCACCGCAGAAGCAUUGUCACUUCCACCUUACCUCGCCGCCUCGCUGGAGGGAGACAGCUGAGUUCACCGUCGCAAUUGGACGUGGUCAGUCAUCGUUGUGCUUAGAUUAGUAGUGUUCUUGAUUGAUAGCUACCGGCAUAUAGAAGAUUAUAAGGUGCAUAUAUCCCUCUUGCUUUCUCACUGGUCGGUCUCUGUUUUUCGCGUCUGUUUGCGUCAUAGUGAUGGUGAAAAGGAUUGGAGGUAGGUGAUGGGGGGAGUUUGGAUGGAAGGAACAAUUUGAGCUUGGAUUGAUUGCUAAUUGGGUUGUGAAUAAUAAACAGCUUGAGAGAGACAGGUUAAGAUGAUGAGAAGGAUUGGUUGGUGUGCACCCUGGUGUGGGAUGUAUAGAGGGAAUUAAGCUUGAGUUCUUCAGUUAAGCUUCAGUGGAGAGUCAAGCGAUAAGUUUCUAGAUCAAGAAAUGUAUCCUACUUAAUUAUUCCUUUUCCAUCACAGCUACUUACUGCUAUUCUAUUAUUAUGAUAUUUAUCCGGA